AUGACUAGUCGAAUGGAUUUAAGAGAUGUCAUUGCUGCUACCUGUACAUCAAUAACUGUUCAUGGAUUCCCGACCUCUACUCAGCAGCGAUCCGCAAUAAACUACGAGCGUUGUUCAAGUGUAGCCGCGAAGUUGGCCGCAGUUAGGAAAGAUUUGUCGCGUCCGCCGACUAAUGCCGCUCUUGAGUGCAAUACAAUAUUACAUAAACGAGUCUCGGAGGGUCGCGAGGCAGCCACGGUCGAUUAA